GCUAGCGGAAGCCAUGUUUGUUGAUCUUCCUUCUGCCUCUUCGGAGUUCGGUACGUUCAGGGUCUGAACGUUCAACAACUCCGUCUGCAUGUCUUUAACAAUAUCACCACUAAAUAUUCUCUACCACCCCCCGAAUGCAGAUUAACAGGUAUGCCAAAGGAAAAAUAUGAUCCCCCGGAUCCCCGCCGAUUAUACACCAUCAUGUCAGCUGAGGAGGCAGCCAACGGGAAGAAGUCACACUGGGCCGAGCUGGAGAUAUCAGGUCGAGUCAGGAGUCUGAGCAGUUCUCUGUGGACCCUCACCCACCUGACGGCUCUACACAUCAACGACAACAACCUGAGUCGCAUCCCGCCCGACAUCGCCAAGCUGCCACACCUGGCCUACCUGAACCUGUCGUCCAACAAGCUCCGCAGCCUGCCCGCCGAACUCGGAAACAUGGUGUCUCUCAGGGAAUUGCUUUUAAACAACAAUCUUUUGCGAGUUUUACCCUACGAACUGGGGCGGCUGUUCCAACUACAAACCCUGGGGCUAAAAGGUAACCCUUUGUCCCAAGACAUCCUCAACCUGUACCAGGAAUCAGACGGAACCAGAAAGCUCUUGAACUACAUGCUCGACAAUCUAGCAGUGCACCCAGAACAGCUCCCCCAGAGACCUUGGAUCACCUUGAAGGAGCGAGACCCAAUGAUCCCUACAGCCAUGUUCACGGUGAUGUGUUACAACGUGUUGUGUGACAAGUACGCCACCCGUCAGCUCUACGGCUACUGCCCCUCCUGGGCCCUCAACUGGGAGUACAGGAAGAAGGGCAUCAUGGAGGAGAUCACACACUGUGACGCCGACAUCAUCAGUCUACAGGAGGUGGAGACGGAGCAGUACUACGCCCUCUUCCUGGAGACUCUGAAGGACCGUGGGUACGACGGGUACUUCUGCCCAAAGUCUCGUGCCAAACUAGUCUCAGAACAGGAGAGGAAGCACGUGGACGGAUGUGCCGUGUUCUUCAAGACCGAGAAAUUUACUCUGGUGCAGAAACACACGGUGGAGUUCAACCAGGUUGCCAUGGCGAACUCUGAGGGUUCAGAGGUCAUGUUGAACAGGGUCAUGACCAAGGACAACAUCGGGGUCGCUGUCCUGCUGGAGGUCAACAAGGACAUGUUCUCUGGUGGCAUGAAGCCUCUGCACGAGACACAGCUCAUCUUAGUGGCUAACGCCCACAUGCACUGGGACCCAGAGUUCUGUGACGUCAAGCUGAUCCAGACCAUGAUGUUCCUGUCUGAGCUGAAGAGCAUCACCGAGAGGGCGCUGAGCUCCGUGGCAACAGGCUCCCCGACCUCCGACCCCGCCUCUAUCCCUAUCGUCCUCUGUGCUGACCUCAACUCCCUGCCAGACUCUGGUGUAGUGGAGUACCUGAGUAACGGUGGUGUAGCAGAGAACCAUAAGGACUUCAGAGAGCUGCGCUACAACGAGGCUCUCACCAACUUCAGCUGCCGGGGGAAGAACGGACCUUCUGACGGCAGCAUCACACACAGCUUCCAGUUGAAAAGCGCCUACCAGGACAGCCUCAUGUCUUAUACCAAUUAUACAUAUGACUUCAAGGGCGUGAUCGACUACAUCUUCUUCUCCAAGACUCACAUGUCUGUAGCCGGCCUGCUGGGCCCCCUGGAGACUCAGUGGUUAACGGACAACAACAUCACCGGGUGUCCCCACCCCCACAUACCCUCUGACCACUUCUCUCUGCUCGCCCAGCUGGAGCUCCACCCGCCCGUCACCUCCUCUUCCUCCCUCAACGGCCUGCACCUGGCCGUCCACAGGUAGUGGGGCCACAGCCUCUCACCCCUGAUCCUUGACCUUUUGAACCCCUAAUGCCCCGCCCCAUCUCUGCCGAACAGGACCCUUUGCAGUCUUAUCACGAUCUCAAAUCACAAACAAACAAACUCAGACAACCCACCUCCCAAAGGAGUAUUCACCCGUUCUGCUCCUCUUUUAACCUCCAUUUUGCACACUGAUUGGAUUCCUGCUUGUUUUCUUUCUUCGUCUACAUGAACGGCUUGAUACCAAAUUAGGGUUGGGAUUUGUGUUUUGUGUUGUUUUCUGGUCACAUUACAUACUGCUGCUCUUCUUGGAAACUCCCAAAUGCGAGUUCGAAAUAGCACCCUAUUCCCUAUAUAGUGCACUACUUUUGACCAGAGCCCAAUGUGGGCCAAAAAUAGUGCACUAUAUAGGGAAUAGGGUUCCAUUUGGGAGGGAGCCCCAAGUUCAGGUCAUCCUGAUCUGAUGUCAGUGUUUUUGCCUUAAACCUGGUCUGGAUAUGGCGGCUUUUUCUCACAUAACCUUCUACAGUACAAUGACAGCCGACAUCUGAAUUCUCUCCGUUCGAUUUUGAGGUACCCAAUCCUCAAGACAACUACUUACAUAUUUUACAAAUAUGACAUCCGAAAGUUCUGAAUUGUAUUUUAUGAUAAUGUUAAGUCCCGUCAUUUCAACAUAAAUGUUACCCCAACACAUUUUUGUUAUUCUGCUAAAUACACAAAUGGAUUUGG